AUGGAUUUCAACGUGGAUAUCACGGUUGAUAUGUUUCGAGCUCUGAGUGUGUUAGUGAUAUUAUGGUACUUCUGGUUCAGAUACAAGAGGCGAAAGUUAAAUGAGUUAGCGGCAAGGAUACCGGCUUUCCCAGGAUUAUUUUUAUUCAUGGGCGCAUUUCAGUUUGCGCAUAAUACUUCGGAUUGGUUAACCAAUCCCGAGGACACAGAGUUCGUGUUAAAGAAUUGCCUAGAGAAGGAGGAUUUAGUGACCUUUUUGAAGUCCAUCGUUGGAAAUGCUAGUGCUUUUGCACCAGUGUCACAGUGGAUAUACCGGAGAAAAAUCCUAGCACCUACAUUUAGUCCAAAAACGAUAUUUAGCUACAUGGAUAUGGUAUCGGAUGAAAGUCUCGAAUUGGUUAAGAAGUUAUCCCUGGAUAACCGGAUCGGCAAUGGGCCGUUUAGCAUUUGGAAAUACGUAAGCACGUACACCUUGAGCUCUUUGUGUGCUACAGCGCUAGGCUUAAAACUAUCACUGCAGGAUUCAGACGUGCCUGUAAUUAAGGCUGUAUUGGAUAUAUUUAAAUUAUUAACGAACAGAAUGGUUCACCUUUGGCUGUGGCCCGAUUGGCUGUACCGUCGCACUUCGCAAUACGCUGAAUACAAAAAAUCCAUAGGAAUUUUGUAUGGUUUAACCGAUGAAAUAUUAAAGAACAAACGGGAUGAAAUUUGUCAAUCAGAUGAUAUAUGCAAUCCAGGUGCAAAUAAAACACAAUGUUUCCUUGACCAUCUCUUAGAAGGGAAGUCCAAUGAUGGAAGUGGACUAACAGACGUCGAAAUACGAGACGAAAUUUCAUUGUUUUUACUAGCUGGGACCGAUACGUCUGCAAUUGCCAUUUGCAAUACAUUGAAACUGUUUGGAAAAUAUCCAGAGGUCCAAGAGAAAAUUUACGCGGAGUUAAUAAGUGUUCUUGGUGAUUCGGAUCGACCCUUGCACAAGAAUGACUUAAAAGAGCUCAAAUAUAUGAACAGAGUGGUAAAAGAAUCGCUACGGCUUUAUCCACCAGUUCCAAUAAUUGUGAGGAAAACUAAAAAGGAGAUAACAUUGCCGUCGGGAACAACUCUGCCUAACAAAACUGGAAUUAUCAUUUUCAUUUGGGGAGUCAACCGAGACCCUAACUAUUGGGGACCGAAUGCAAAUUGUUUUGACCCUGACAGAUUUCUUUCCCCUAACACAAAUUUAUUAACGACUUUUAGUCUUGGACCACGGAAUUGCGUUGGAUAUCAAUUUGCAUUUAUAGUGAUUAAAGUAGCGCUUGUUGAAAUUGUACGACGGUAUAAAGUCGUUGGUGAACGUGAAGAUAGCAAUAUACCUAAAAUAAAUAGUACAUUUUCUAUUAUGUUAAGAGAUAGGGACGGGUAUGAAAUAAGUUUGGAGGAACGAUAA